GCGGCGCGGCUCGCGGCGGCCCUGCGCUGCGAGACCGUGAGCUACGAGCGCGACGACGCGGAGCGCUCCGCGGACCUCGGCGAGUUCGAGAAGCUCCAUGCGCUCCUCGAGGCGUGGUUCCCGCGCGUCCACGCGGCGCUCGAGCGCACGGUCGUCAACCGUGGCUCGCUCAUCUUCAGAUGGAAGGGCUCGACGAACGAGGCGCCCUACGCGGUCUACGCGCACCUCGACGUCGUGCCGCCGGGGUCCGCGGACGGCUGGGACCGGCCGCCCUUCCGCGGCGACGUCGCCGCGGACGCGAGCGGCGAGGAGUGCGUCUGGGGCCGCGGGGCCAUCGACGACAAGAACAUGGUCCUGGCCCACCUCGAGGCCGUCGAGGACCUGCUCGAGGCCGGCGUGUCGCCGCGGCGCGACGUCUACCUGCUCUUCGGCCACGACGAGGAGGUCGGCGGCCUCGACGGCGCGAAGCGCGUCGCGGCCCACCUGAGGGACGUCUCGGGCGUGGCGCGCUUCGACUUCCUCCUCGACGAGGGGCUCUUCGUCACGGAGGGCGUCGUGCCGAGCCACGCCAAGCCCGUGGCGAUGAUCUGCGUCGCGGAGAAGGGCUUCGCGAACGUGAAACUGACGUGCCGGUCGCCGCCGGGCCACGCGUCCGUGCCGGGCCCCGACGGCGCGCUGGGGCGCCUCGCCAGGGCCGUGACGCGCCUGGAACGGCGGCCCAUGCCGAGCCGGCCGUCCGUGGCCUUGGCGAUGUUCGCGACGCUCCGCGGCGGCUUCUCGUGGCCGCUCGAGCUGGUCGUGUCGAACCUGUGGCUCUUCGGCCCCGUGCUCGCGGCGGUCCUCGCGUCCAAGCCCGAGACGGCGUCCCUCGUGCGGACGACGACGGCCGUGACCAUCUUCCGGUCCGGCCAGAAGAAGAACGUGCUGCCCGACGAGGCCGUGGCCUACGUGAACCACCGCCUCCACCCGGACGACUCCUUGGACGACGUGCUCGCCCACGACCGGCGCGUCAUCGCCGACCCCUACGACGCGGACCACCCCUGGGGCGUCGAGGUCGAGGUCGAGGACUUCACGCCGCCGUCGAAGGUGUCGACCGCGGACCACGCGGCCUUCCGGCACCUGCGGGCGGCGACGCUGGAGGUCUUCGGCGACGUCGCCGUCGCGCCGGCCCUCUUCAUCGCCGCGAGCGACUCGAAGCAUUUUUGGGACUUCACGGACAACAUCUACCGCUACAACCCCAUCCUGCUGCGCAAGACGGACCGCGAGAACGAGCUCAAGCGCUUCCACGGCUACAACGAGCGCAUCGCCACGGCCGCCCUCGCGAGGCAGGUCGCCUUCUACCGCUCCUUCCACCUG